AUGAGGCCGGGGAAGGCCGAUUCUUCUACAGCUUUAAGACUAUUCCUUUCGCUCAGCCUCCCGUCGGAGAUCUCAGGUUCGAGGCGAGACCCCUUACCCGCUGAAGGAUGGACAGGAGUAAGAGACGGAUCCGCAGUGACUCCCAAAUGUCCUCAGCUGUCGGUAUCCACGUACCUCAGCGGCGACAGGAUAGUCGUGGAAGGCCAAGAAGACUGUCUAUACCUCUCUGUGUUCACACCUCAGCCCAAAGCCUCGGACCUCCCCGUGAUGGUGUGGAUUCAUGGAGGAGCUUUUACCCUGGGUUGUGCUGAACAAUACUCGCCUCUCCCUCUCCUCACCAGGGAUAUAGUGCUCGUCUUCAUUCAGUAUCGCCUGGCCACAUUGGGUUUCCUGUCGACGGAAGACGCAGAGCUCCCUGGGAACUUAGGCUUAAAGGACCAGACUCUAGCCCUUCGCUGGGUGCAGGACAACAUCAGAAACUUUGGUGGCGACCCAGAUCAAGUUACCAUCUUCGGCGAGAGCGCUGGCGGGGCGUCGGUGCACUACCACGUCUUGUCUCCGAUGUCAAAAAAUUUGUUCAAACGAGCCAUCAUGCAAUCGGGGACGUCCCUAUGUCCCUGGGCACUGAGGGAAGACCACAGGGAGGUACUCACCAAACUCAUUCCCCUGUUCAACUGUUCAGGGGGCGACCAUACAUCCGGAUCCCUGGACAGUGCAGCGACGGUCGCUUGCCUCAAGAAGGUUCCUGCAGACAAACUUACUUCCGUACAACUUGCCUUUAAUGUAUGGAACGGGAACCCCACCGUGAUGCUGCCCAGGGUCGACGGAGAGUUCUUGCCCGACCAUCCGGCUGUUCUUCUGAGGCAAGGAAACUUUCACAAGGUCGACCUCAUCUUCGGCAUCACGAAGCACGAGGGCGAAAUCGCCGCCUUAAUGACCAUAGGCAAUAAGGAAUUGAGCAGGAGUUUGGCGGAGAACUUCAGCCAGAACGGACCGGCGGCACUCUACCUCGACCCGUGGGACGAUGACCCUGAGUACUUGGCACGUCGAGCCUUCCACCACUACCUGGGGCCUUUGGAAGUCACAGUGGAUAAGGCCGAUGCUUUUAUGGAGCUCAUGGGGGACAUCAUGUUCACGACAUGUUUCGUGGACGCGGUUGAAGAACACACAAAGAGCGCCGCCUUUGGCUACCACAUCUACACGUACGAGUUGGAACACAUCGGGGAACACAAAAUGUUGGAGCUUUUUUUCGGGCCGUCGCCUGAUUUUGCUAAGAAUUGGGUUGGCCACGGGGAUGACCUCCAGUACCUGUUUUCGUCGAUGCUCGGCAACAAAACGAUGACCAAUAACGAGGACCUCUUCGUCAGGAGAAUCAUGCUCGAUCUGUGGGUCAAUUUCGCUUCUACUGGGAACCCUACCCCAGACCUCUCCCUUGGCUUCAAGUGGACACCCAUGUCACACCCAAGAGACUCUCAACUGGCUAUCAACCUUAUUCCGUUUAUGAAGGACUUCUCCUAUCAUCAGGUCUAUGAUUUUUGGAGGAACAUGCCGACGAAGAAGAACAAACUGCUGUAUCCCAAACGUUUCUCAAUGUGCCACAGUUAAAACAACCAGUAACCUGGAACGUUUGAUCUUUGGUGUCUCAAAAUUGAGAAGAAAAAAAUCUGACUUCGUAAAUGCGUCGGGAAGACUACAAAUGUUUGAAUGCUCUAAUGUUUUUUUGUGAUUUCAUUUAAUUGUUGAUUGUAUAUAGUUUACUAGGUAUCUGAUAUGCAACUGCUUGGUAAUAAAGAUUAUUUGAGUC